AUGGCAUCCAACUCCGUCAAUGGCACUACCAGCCAUAGUUUAGACAUCACAGUGUUGGGGUUGAAUAGCGGAACGUCUAUGGAUGGCAUUGACUGCGCUCUUUGCCGAUUCCGCCAGGAGACCCCCGAAUCUCCUAUGCACUUCGAACUACUCAAGUAUGGUGAAAUUCCACUUGAGCCUGUGAUCAAGAAGCGAGUGAUGAACAUGAUCCUGCAUAACAAGACCUCCCCUUCAGAGUUGUCUGAAGUCAAUGUGAUCCUGGGCGAGACCUUCGCCUCUGCCGUGCACCAGUUCUGUAAGGAUUACAAUGUGGAUAUCAAAUCAAUUGACGUCCUCGGAUCCCAUGGCCAAACCAUCUGGCUACUCUCCAUGCCAGAGGCCGGCGAGACCCGCAGCGCUCUGACUAUGGCCGAGGGCACAUUCCUCGCCUCGCGCACGGGCAUUACCUCCGUCACCGACUUCCGGGUAAGUGAUCAGGCCGCUGGACGUCAAGGAGCACCCCUCAUUGCCUUCUUCGACGCGCUGGUGCUGCACCACCCGACCAAGCUACGUGCAUGCCAGAACAUCGGCGGUAUCGCAAAUGUCUGCUUUGUCCUCCCGGAUAGCCACGGCGGCGUUGACGCCUGCUACGAUUUCGACACCGGUCCAGGAAAUGUGUUCAUCGAUGCCGUCGUACGCCACUACACAAACGGCAAGCGCGAGUACGACCAGGAUGGCGAGAUGGGAGCCCGCGGUACCGUCGACCAGGAACUUACAACGGGUCGUGAAGUUUUCCGUGACACUCUCGCGCACGAGUUCAUCGUCAAGGCCGAGGCCAAGGGCCUUAAGCCUGACGAUGUUGUCGCCAGCAUCACUCGUGUUACCGCCCAGGCUAUCGUGGACCAUUACCGUCGCUACGCUCCUAAGGACCUUGAGAUCGCUGAGAUAUAUAUGUGCGGCGGUGGCGCGUAUAACCCUAACAUCACCGCCUUUAUCCAGGAGAACUACCCCAACACCCGCAUUAUGAUGCUCGAUGAAGCUGGAAUGGAGGCCGUGGUCGGCCGCUCUAUCCCUGUCCCCACCCGUGUCGAGACUCGCCAAGAGUAUGUCCUCGGUAAGGUGUCUCCGGGCAAGAACUACCGCAACGUCUUGCGUCAGGGCAUGUUGUUUGGCGCUGGUCGUGAUCAUCUUCCCCCAGUAAACGAGCUGGUUAACUACAUUGACGGCAAGGCUUUCGACAACAAAUGGUAA